GGCCAGCGGCAGAGGGGAUGUCCUACUAACUUCCACCAAAAAAAAUAAAAAAAAAACUUUCUAGAAACUUUCAGUCCAACAGAAAAAAUACACUGACUGACUGACAAAGUGUCGCAACUCGCCUCACUCCUGCGUUAAUUGUUUUUAGUGUUUUUUAAGUGUUUUUAUUCUUUUGAACUAAAACAGAGGCUGCACAUCCACUUUGAUAACUGUUGAAUGAGCCGCAAUUGCGUAGAGAGUUUUCUUGCGAUUUUUUGCUCCUUAUUUUAAUUUGACGGUGCGAUAAAGUUAUUUCUUUAUCACUAAAAGACUCGUGAUGGCUGUCCUGUCACUAGCGUUACUCCUCCUAGGAUUUGCGUUGACUUCAGCUGACAAGGCUGGUGAAGUAGAUAGAGAGGACCAGCUGAGAAGCCGUCUGAAGGAAUAUGGCCUGGUCACUCCCUUCAGCACCGACUCUCAUGGACACUACCUGUCACACCUGCUCUCUGCCACGCACAAGCAGCGCGUCAAGAGGGAGGUGUUUUCUUCUGGUGAAGCUGAACAGACACUUUUCUUCAACAUCUCCGCCUUCGGGAAGGAGUUCCACCUCCGUCUGCGCCCUAAUAACAGACUGGUGGCGCCGGGCGCGAUGGUGGAGUGGCACGACGAGAUCCAAAGCUUUGGGAACGUCAGCGCCGGUGACGAUGCCAGUACGGGCGCCAACCAGACCGAAGCCACCAGCAGGGCAGAGAGGAUACUGCACCGUGAGCUGCUAAAGACAGACUGCACCUUCAUCGGUGAGAUCUCAGACGUUCCCGGGGCCUCGGUUGCCAUUAACAACUGUGACGGACUGGCUGGGAUGAUCCGCACCGAGUCAGACGAGUACUUCAUCGAGCCGCUGGAAAGGGGGACUCAGGAGCUGGAGGACCAGGGCCGGGUCCACGUGGUUUACCGCAGGUCUGCUCUGGUGCAGGCUCCCUCUGACAUCUCUGUGGACUACCAGCUACAAGAACCCGAGCUGGAUGUACCCGGGACCCUGGACUCUCUAGCCCGGCAGGUCAAUGAGACUGUCCUCCGCCGUCGUCAGAGAGAUGCCGGGGAGGACGACUACAACAUUGAAAUCCUGCUGGGAGUUGAUGACUCAGUGGUUCGGUUUCACGGCAAAGAGCACGUGCAGAAUUACCUCCUCACUCUUAUGAAUAUCGUGAAUGAGAUUUACCACGACGAGUCCCUGGGAGUCCACAUCAACGUGGUCCUGGUGAGGAUGAUCAUGCUGGGGUAUGCCAAGUCCAUCAGCCUCAUUGAAAGAGGCAACCCAUCAAGGAGCCUAGAGAAUGUGUGCCGCUGGGCAUUUGUGCAGCAGAAAGGCGACCCUGAUCACGCCGAGCACCACGAUCACGCAAUUUUCCUCACUCGCCAAGGCUUCGGCCCCACGGGGAUGCAGGGUUAUGCUCCAGUCACAGGAAUGUGCCACCCAGUCCGGAGCUGCACCCUCAACCAUGAAGACGGCUUCUCCUCAGCCUUCGUUGUGGCUCACGAGACCGGACAUGUCUUGGGUAUGGAGCACGAUGGCCAAGGCAACCGCUGCGGGGACGAAACGGCGAUGGGAAGCGUGAUGGCUCCUCUGGUGCAGGCGGCCUUCCAUCGAUACCACUGGUCCAUGUGCAGCGGACAGGAGCUGAAGAGAUACAUCCACACGUACGACUGUCUCUUGGAUGACCCCUUCAAACACGAUUGGCCACAACUUCCUGAACUUCCUGGCAUCAACUACUCGAUGGAUGAGCAGUGUCGAUUUGACUUUGGAGUGGGCUAUAAGAUCUGCACCUCAUUUCGUACAUUUGACCCAUGUAAACAGCUGUGGUGCAGUCACCCGGACAACCCUUACUUCUGCAAAACCAAAAAAGGGCCACCUCUCGAUGGGACGGAAUGUGCUCCUGGAAAAUGGUGCUACAAAGGUCACUGCAUGUGGAAAAACCCUAAUCAGGUCAAGCAAGAUGGCUCCUGGGGCUCCUGGAGCAAAUAUGGCUCCUGCUCCCGCUCCUGUGGGACUGGAGUUCGCUAUCGGACACGUCAGUGCAACAACCCGGCGCCCUCUAACGGUGGACAGGACUGCCCUGGAGUGAACUACGAGUAUCAGCUGUGCAACACUGACGACUGCCCCAAGCACUUCGAAGAUUUCCGAGCCCAGCAGUGCCAGCUCCGGAACUCCCACUUUGAAUUCCAAAAUGCCAAACACCACUGGCUGCCCUACGAGCAUCCGGACGCCAACAAGAGAUGCCACUUGUACUGCCAGUCAAAGGAGACAGGAGACGUGGCGUACAUGAAGCAGCUGGUGCAUGAUGGGACACGGUGCUCCUACAAAGAUGCCUACAGUGUCUGCGUGCGUGGAGAAUGUGUGAAAGUUGGCUGCGACAGAGAGAUUGGCUCCAACAAAGUUGAGGACAAAUGUGGCGUUUGUGGUGGAGACAACUCCCACUGCCGCACCGUUAAAGGAACUUUCACCCGAACGCCAAAGAAACCUGGUUACCUUAAGAUGUUUCUCAUUCCUCCUGGAGCUAGACAUGUCAUCAUCCAAGAACAUGAGGCCUCCCCUCAAAUUCUUGCAAUCAAGAACCAGGCAACAGGGCAUUACAUCCUCAACGGGAAAGGAGAGGAGGUCCAGUCUAGAAGCUUUAUCGACUUGGGCGCGGAGUGGCACUACAUCAUCGAGGACGACGUGGAGACGCUGCACACUGACGGACCUCUGCAUGACCCCGUGGUGGUUCUGAUUAUACCCAAAGACAAUGAAACACGGUCUACUUUGAUGUACAAGUACAUCAUCCAUGAAGAUUCAGUGCCUGUCAACAACAACAAUGUGAUCCAGGAGGACACGUAUGAGUGGGCUCUGAAGAGCUGGUCUCCAUGUUCUAAGCCUUGUGCCGGAGGGUUUCAGUACACCAAGUAUGGAUGUCGAAAGAAAGGAGACACCAAGAUGGUCCAUCGAGGCUACUGCGAUGCCAGCAAGAAGCCAAAGCCCAUCCGCAGAAUGUGUAACCUUCAGGACUGCACACAGCCUCAAUGGAUCUCAGAGGAAUGGGAGCAUUGUACCAAAACCUGUGGCAGCCUGGGCUUUCAGAUCCGAACCGUUCGCUGCGUGCAGUUGCUCCACGAGGGCACAAACCGCUCCGUUCACAGCAAGUACUGCAGUGGGGAGAAGCCAGAGAGCCGGAGGCCCUGUAACAGAGUCCCAUGUCCUGCCCAGUGGAGGACCGGAGCGUGGUCAGAGUGCUCUGUGACCUGUGGAGAGGGGAUGGAGAGGCGUCUGGUCACUUGCCGAAUCGGAGAUCAGUGUAACGGAGAUAAACCUGAGACCGUGAGGCCGUGCAGACCGGGACCCUGCCACGAUGAGCCAUGUAAUGGAGACAAAUCCAUCUUCUGCCAAAUGGAGGUCCUAGCGCGAUACUGCUCUAUUCCAGGCUACAACAAACUGUGCUGCGACUCCUGCAGCAAGCGCAGUGGAGCUUCGUCUCUGUUCUCGGAGGCGACUGAGACGGAGGAGCAUGUCCGCUUCGGAUCCGCCUCUCAGCUAUUAGAGACAUUAACAGCCUCAGCAGUGGCCAACGGCACUCGCAGUGGUAAACACGGCUCAGGCAAAGGAUCCGCCACAUUAGGAAAUGCUGCAAAACAUGUCACCACCCCUCCCCCGCUUAAGAAAACCCUGUCAAAGAUCACCACUGCACCACGGCGGGUCCGACGACACAUGGGACUCACUGACAGGAAGCUGCCCGCUAUCAGCACAUCUCCUCAAGGAAGUCCCACUGAUGGUCAAAGGUCGAGCAGCUUGAAAGAUAGUCGGUGGCCCACUGCGUAUUCUAAAGUGGAGAGAUGAAAGUGAUGCCCUUCCCCUUCAGGACUCUUAAUGUACAGCAGAUAAUGCAGCUUCAUCCCGAGUCUUCUCACGCCAUAAAACACCACCGAGAGACAAACAGAGAGAGAGAGAGAAAGAAAGAAAAGUGCUGGUUCACUUUUUUGUUAAGAAUUUUCCAUCCCUUACAGGGAGCUCCCAGGGUAUAUUAUUACUUAAACAGCCAUGUUGCUUUGCUUUCAUACAUUUCUUUGAGAGGAGAAAACAAUACAAUAAUUUUAAUGUAAAGAGGGCCCAUGGUCCAAAGGGAAUUUUCGUCCGUGUCAAAUGAAAAGCUUAACGCAACACAGCGCUGGUAGUUCAUUGUGAAUCAUUUUACAAAAUAGCCAAAGCACAGAUUAAUAUUCAAAAGAAGUAUUUAAUAUAUACGAUACUGGCUCCUAACUUUUAACAGUAGAUAUUACAAAGAAAUGGUUGCUUAAUUCCAACCCAACCUUUUAACCCAAUGACUCUUGAAGCUUCCUUUGAUGUCAGCUACCGUGACAGGUUCAGGAAGGUGUCUGUAUUUCUCCUCUGAUUGGUCUUUUCUCUGGUCUUGUCAUUUAAUGAAUGGGGCCCCUUGUGUCUGGAUAGUGUUGCAACGGGUCCUUUGGUGAAUCCUCAGCAGUGACAAGGGAGAAAAUGUCAACAGGUGCAGUCAUAAGAGCUGAUUCAAUUUGUGAAAAAAGAACUCAGAACAUACACUUGUGGCCGUGUAAAAAAACACAACACGGCUUAAAUAACAUUGCACAACAGCAUGAUGCAACUAAUGAAACACUUCCAUGUGAAAUCUGUAAACUGAUGAGAGAUUUACAGUAAUGUUUCUAUAAAUGUGAAGUGGAAGAUGAUAGAGAAAAAGUUGGGACGAUUUAAAACGGAUCAUAUGAUGCAGCUGAAAAUUCCCUUUUUACUUGAAUGUUACAAACUGCCAUUUUCUUGCCAAAAAAUGUAAGUGUGAAGCUUGACUAGUAGAUAAUUCAAUUGUCCCAGGAGUCACUGCAUGUACUAAAUCAAACACCGGACUUCAUUUGACCACAUAUGGAAAGUGGCCAAACCAGUAAAAACCAUUAGAAAAAUGGUUUUAGUUGUAUAGAUUUUUUUUUUUUUAAAUAUCCAGUAAUGUCUGUUAAAUGGCGCUCCACAGUUUCUAUGGAAAUGGGUAUUUAUAAAGGUUCCUGUAAAUACUGUACAUGAAAAAUCAGUAUUAUUUUAAGAAGCCGAGGAUGCCAUUUUAAUCAACUACAAUAACAUAUAUAUCAUUCAUAAUGUUUACAGUUUCAGCACAAUAUGUUACAUGGACAUAAACAACUCUCUGACUGUUAAUGCUGUUGCAAAGUUCUCUGGGGAAUGUUUUAAAAGAAUAGUUCAACAUUUUCAGAAAUAUCCUUGUUUGCUUGCUUGUUGAAAGUAAAAUAUGAAGAUUGAUCACACUUUUAUAUCUCUGCUGUAAAUAUAAAGCUUUCAGCCAGUAGACGUUAGCUUAGCAUAAAUACUGGAAGCAGGGCAAACAGCUAGUCUGACUUCGUCCAAAGUAAAAAAAUAAAUGCCUACCUACACCUCUGAAGCUCGCUUAUUAUGCAAUAUCUUGUUUGUUUAAUUCGUACAAACCCGACAUGUAAAAAACAACACUAAAAGGUUUUGUUACCUUUUGACAGAGCCAGGCUAGCUGUCCCUCUAUUUCUAGUUAUUGUGCUAAGCUAAGCUAACUGGCUCAUGUCUGUCAGUUCAUGUUUACUAUGCAGACAUAAGAAUGGUGUCAAUACCCUCUACUAACUUUUGGCAAGAAAGCAAAUAAGCACAUUUCCCCAAAUGUCAAACUAUUCCUUUAAGAAGUAUCUUGUAUGCAUUACUUCAUCCCAGCCUUUACCUUUUUUUCUAAAUCAGAAGUUUGAACGGUGCUAGCCCUCGACCUUUCCAACUAUAUUUAUUAUAUUGCCCUCCUUGUGAAAGUGUUUGCCCAAAAAAGUUGAAGCUGUUAGAUCAAAGAAGGGAACUAAGUAAGGAAUGUAUUUAACAAGUGUUCUCAAUACUGUAUGUUAUAUACAGCAGGCGCUAGUUCAGCUUGAACAGACUAAAAAAAAGGAAGUGAAAAUUCCACCAUGCAACUAAAAUGAAACUUCUACUUUGAUGUGACCAUGAAAAACGCAAACAUUCAUGUUGAAAUAGAUUUUUUAGUGUUGGAUUUGCAGGUUAUUUUCUAUAGCAACAUAAACUGUCGAAUUUCAAUUCACUUAAAGCUGCAUUAAGCGUUUUUUUUUAUUACCACUAGGGGGCAGAAAGACUCCCAAACAAACUCACAUAGUUGCAUAUUUUACACAUCCAGCAGAAAGAGAGCAACAGGAAUCACAGUUCUGUCCACCUGAUGAAUUUAAAUCCAGCAUUCACUCUCCUUUUAGCUCUUUUUAGGUCUCUACCAACUUCUGAGGGAAGUAGCUGUCUCUUUAGCUCCUAGAUGUUCCAAUUUCUUCACCAGCUACUCGUGUAUUUCAGCUCUCUGCUGUUUGGUGCUAACAUACAUUCAGCUUUUUGAUUUGAUCUGUGGGGGUUGAGGAGAGCCAAACCAAUCUGCUAAAAGCAGUGUAGUGGUGCAGGUGUUUAUUCUCAUGUGAUUCAGCGCUGUUACAUUACAUAGUCAUUUGAUUCAUUUUAUAAUAAACAGAUCUCGCUUAAUGGAGCUUUAAGAUCAUCACGGCCAUACAUAACAACAAGGUUUUAUUGUACAUUUUGUGUUUACAGGAACAAAUCCUCAUUUUAAGCACACUAAAAUUUAGUGUAUGUGGAACAUGUUUUUUCCAAGUAUUUUCCAAAUGGCUUUUUAUGGUGUAAGAAGGUUCAGGAGAGAGAAAGCUAUUUAUUUAAAAAAAUAAUAAAAAAAAAGGAUUUCCUCACAACCACCAUGCAUCUGACUGCAAUAGCAAAGACACAGUUUUGUGUUUUCAGCAAAGAAAUAACUAUUCACACUCACGUCUGUGUGCCAAUGUAUAGUACAUGUAUAUAGCAUUGAGUACAUGAAUAUUUAUUGAAAGUUAAAGCUUUGUUUUUACAGUAUUUGCAGUGCCAGCUGGUCAAUAAGCUGCACAUAAACCAUUGAGUCACAUUAAUCACCAUUUUUCUUUCCACAUUUUAAAAUUUUAAAUAGAUUUCUACUUCUAUUUUAAAACACAUGAUAGAGUAGGAAUUACAUUGUUUUUUGCAAACAAUUAGAUGUAAAUACACAUGCUCAAUUUUGAGAUGUUUUACUCGUCAGAAAGCUGUCUUUUCACAGCUGUUUCGUAGUUGUUAACACAGCUGUUACAUCACAGCGAAGUGUACUGACCAGACAAAUGCUUUAUUUUAACCAAUAAAACAUUAAUAGUGUAGUACCAGAAAACCAGUAAUGUUGUUUUUUAUGCUGUUUGUAGAUGUCAGUAUUUUCUAACCAUUUUACAUUUUCCUCCCUUGUUCUUUUCACGCCCUUUACUUGCUGCCUAUACAACAUUGCUGCUAAUGUUAUACAGAGCUUGUAAUGAUAAAAUAGGGUAGUUGUAGAUGUUACAUUGACAAUCCCUGAGCCUCAGACAGAUAUUACUGCAUAGGAUUCUCCAUGUACUGUAUCAAUACCCCUGUGCUAUCCAUGCAUUGAAGUAUUAUGAUUGUCAUGACUGUCAGUCACUCUCUGCUCUAUUUGCUUUUCUAUGUAUUUGUGUAGAUUGAAGUGUACACUACUGAUGCUGUUUGUUGUAAUGGGGAGCACAUAGCAAUAAAAGAUAUGAAUAACUA